GUGCGAUCUGUGAGGAGAUGAUGCAGAUACAGACCAGACUCGUUACAUCAGCUACGAAAUUUCAAAGCAACAACAGAACAACUCGACAUUCGACGAUGCAGGUCUUCAUUUAUCAUCGCCGCUUGGAGCGGUAUCUGUCUACUGAAAUAAUUUCGCAAUAAUAGUCAGUGUUAACUUCCAACGCAUUUAUUGUUAGUACUUUGUCAUCCAUCUCUAAAGAAUCCAAACGAACAUCUCGUCUUCGGUCUUGCUCCUGUAAGCCUAAUGACGAUGAUCUCUGUUUCCCCUACCCUCGUUUUGAAUUCCCCCGACGCCCGGAAAGUCUUCGGGUUCUUUCUCUCUCGUCGUCAAGCUGGCACUUCGCGCAUCUUUCAGAAAAGACGCAGUUCUGGCCGUUGUUCUCGGCUCGCUCGGAGACCUGUGGUUUGUUGCGAAUCUAAUCCCGAGCCAGAGGAACCACGAGUUAGAAGAUGCUCCCCUCUUCUAGAGAGUGUAUUACUUUCAGGUGAAACUAUUCUGUAUUCUGGUGACUGGAAGGCUGUUCCUGACAUUUGGAAAUCUUCAGCUGAAAGGUAUGGUGGUCUGAUUGCCUUAGUGGAUCCAUAUCAUGAUCCGCCAUCAGAAUUGACUUAUAAGCAGCUCGAGCAGGAAAUUUUGAAUUUCGCAGAAGGCCUAAGAGUUAUUGGAAUAAAACCAGAUGAAAAAGUAGCACUUUUUGCUGACAACUCAUGCAGGUGGCUCAUUGCAGAUCAAGGGAUCAUGGCUAUUGGAGCAAUUAAUGUAGUGAGGGGAACAAGGUCAUCUACUGAAGAAUUAUUGCAGAUAUAUAAUCAUUCAGAGAGUACUGCACUCAUCAUGGACAAUCCGGAUUUCUUCAAGCGGAUUGCAGAAGGUUUCUCUUCCAAGGCAGUGAUAAGAUCUGUGAUUCUUCUUUGGGGGGAGAAAUCAUGCCUUUCUAAUUAUGUAAUCGAGGGCUUAACUAUUUUUAACUAUAAUGAGAUUAUAGAUUUGGGAAGAGAGAGUCGGAGGGUCCUGCUUGAAACUAAUAAAGGUGGACUCCAUAUUUAUGAAACUAUCAGCUCUGAUGAUACUGCUACACUUGUUUAUACAAGCGGAACCACUGGUGCCCCGAAGGGUGUUAUGCUUUCACAUCAGAAUCUAUUGCAUCAGAUUAAGAACCUCUGGAACAUUGUACCUGCAGAAGCUGGAGACAAGUUUCUAAGCAUGCUCCCACCAUGGCAUACAUAUGAACGAGCUGCUGAGUAUUUUACAUUUACAUGUGGGGUUCAGCAAGUAUACACAAAUGUGAAAAACUUGAAGGAAGAUCUGAGACGCUAUCAACCACACUACCUAAUUUCUGUUCCUCUAAUAUAUGAGACACUCUAUAGUGGAAUCCAGAAACAGAUUUCAACAAGUUCUAUUGCUCGGAAGGUUAUUGCAGUUGCACUAAUCAGAAUAAGUUUGCUUUACAUGGAAUCAAAGAGGAUUUAUGAGGGAAAGGUCCUAACAAGAAAUCAGAAGCCACAUCCACUUAUUUUUUUAAUGGUGGACUGGUUCUGGGCAAGAAUUACUGCCACAAUUUUGUGGCCAUUGCAUAUAUUGGGGAUGAAACUUGUCUAUUCCAAAAUUCACUCUGCAAUUGGAAUAUCAAAGGCUGGUAUAAGUGGUGGCGCUAGUUUGCCUUUGCAUGUUGACAGGUUUUUUGAGGCAAUUGGCGUAAAAUUGCAGAAUGGAUAUGGCUUAACUGAAUCUUCUCCUGUUGUUGCUGCUCGCCAACCCACUUACAAUGUCCUUGGCUCUGUUGGGCAUCCACUUCGACAUACAGAGGUCAAGAUUGUAGAUUCUGAAACUGGUGAAGUUCUCCCAGCUGGCUCAAAAGGCAUCGUUAAAGUUAGGGGGCCACAGGUGAUGAAGGGUUACUACAAGAAUCCAUCAGCCACAACGCAAGUAUUAGAUGAGGAGGGUUGGCUAUGUACUGGUGAUAUAGGUUGGAUCGCUCCUAGCCAUUCAAUAGGACGAAGUCGCAAUUGUGGAGGGGUGCUUGUCCUUGAAGGACGUGGCAAAGAUACAAUUGUUCUUGUCACAGGUGAAAAUGUUGAACCAUCAGAACUUGAGGAAUCUGCUAUUCGGAGUAGUCUAAUUCAACAAAUUGUUGUUAUUGGCCAGGAUCAACGUCGUCUUGGAGCUUUAAUAGUCCCAAAUAAAGAAGAGAUCUUAGAAGCAGCCAAAAAGAGGUCCAUAUUGGAUGCUGAUGCCUCUGAACUGAGUAAGGAGAAAAUGAUCACUCUUUUGCAUGAGGAAGUAAGGACUUGGACCUCACACUGCUCAUUUCAGAUUGGACCAAUUCUGUUAGUAGAAGAACCCUUUACGAUUGAAAAUGGCUUAAUGACCCCAACCAUGAAAAUAAGGAGGGACAGAGUCAUAGCUCGAUACAGCGAUCAAAUUGCGGAACUCUACCAUUAGAUUCUUUUUCUCUCUUUUUUCAGAAGCUUUCUUGAUAGUUAUAUGUACGCCCCCUGUGAAAUUUCCUGGUAGUAGUGGCCUAACAUCCACCAGAGAAAUGGGAAAAAUAUUUUUGCCAGCAUAACAAUAGUAUUUCCAUGAGAAUUCGAUGCACAUUUAGCAUUGCCUGCAAAAAAAGGAAAUUGAUUA